GCCCGCCCCGCCGCAGCCCCCGGGCACGGGCACCUCCCCACGGCAAGCUCGGAGCCGCCGCAGCCCCGGGCCGGGGCGGGAGCGGAGCCGCGAUGUGAUGUCAGGGGGCGGCCCCGGGCGGCAGGCAGGGAGGGAGGGGAGGACGGAUCUCCCGGCCCCGGGGAGCGGCGGCGGCGGCGGCCUCGGCUCUGCUCCAGCCUCGACCCGCCGGCGCCCAGGCACCAUGUCGGAGGGCAGGGACUGGGCCACGCUGAGCCCCGAGGAGUUUGCCCAGCUCCAGCAGUUCAUCGACUACAGCGGCAGGAAGGUCCAGGACGUGCUGCGGGAGCUCCAUGGCGAUGGCACCGUGGCCCAGCACCUGCAGGGAGAUUGCAUCGACUUUGAGGGCUUCAGGCUCUUCCUACAGAGCUACCUGGACACCGAGGUGCUGUCGGAUGACCUCUGCCGCCGCCUCUUCAUGUCCUUCCAGACCACGGGUGGCGCCGCAGACCCCACGGCCACCGGCCUGGUCUGCGUCAAUGACGUCUCCUGCUACUUCUCGCUGCUGGAGGGCGGCCGGCCGGAGGACAAGCUGGAGUUUACCUUUAAGCUGUAUGACAAGGACGGGAACGGCCUGCUGGACAGCUCGGAGGUUGACCGGAUCAUCACCCAGAUGAUGCGUGUAGCCGAGUACCUGGACUGGGACGUCACGGAACUGAAGCCGAUCCUGCAGGAGAUGAUGAAGGAGAUUGACUACGAUGGCAGCGGGACAGUGUCUCUGGCCGAGUGGCUGCGUGGGGGUGUCACCACCAUCCCCCUCCUUGUGCUGCUGGGCCUCGAGGUGAACAUGAAGGAUGAUGGGCAGCACAUGUGGCGCCUAAAGCACUUCAACCGGCCGGUCUACUGCAACGUGUGCGAGGCACUGCUACUCGGGCUGCGGAAGCAGGGGCUCUGCUGCACCUUCUGCAAGUACACAGUGCACGAGCGCUGCGCCCGCCGCGCCCCGCCCAACUGCAUCAGCACCUACGCCAAGUCCCGCCGCGAGGCCAGCGUGCAGCUACACGUAUGGGUGAAGGGCGGCUGUGAGGCCAGCAAGUGCGACCGGUGCCAAAAGAAGAUCAAGAGUUUCCAGAGCCUGACAGGGCUGCACUGCGUCUGGUGCCACCUCAAGGUGCACGAAGAGUGCGCGUCCAACUUGCCCCAGGCCUGCGACUGCGGGGCCCUGCGUGAUCAUGUGCUGCCCCCAGCAGCCAUCUACCCUGGCGUCCUGGAGCGACAGAAUAGCCAGAAGAGUGGCGGGGGGACGCCCAUGGAGGAGGGGGUGCCCCCCAUCACCCCUCCUGAGGGACAGGCGCUGCGGGUCCUGCCAGUGCCCGACACCCACCCACUCCUGGUCUUCGUCAACCCCAAGAGUGGUGGGAAACAAGGCGAGAGGGUGCUGCGCAAGUUCCAGUAUCUGCUCAACCCACGGCAGGUCUACAACCUCCUGAAGGGCGGCCCAGCCCCUGGGCUGAAUUUCUUCCGGGAUGUGCCUGAUUUCCGGAUCCUGGUAUGCGGCGGCGAUGGCACCGUGGGCUGGAUCCUGGAUGCCAUCGACAAGGCCAACCUGCCACGCCGGCCGCCCGUGGCUGUGCUUCCGCUGGGCACUGGCAAUGACCUGGCACGGUGCCUGCGCUGGGGAGGAGGGUACGACGGGGAGAGUCUGCUGCGGGUGCUGCGGGAUGUGGAGAGCAGCAGCGUGGUGCAGAUGGACCGCUGGCUGGUGCAGGUGACGCCUGACAACCCGGCUGAGAAGGGCGACCCAGUGCCCUACGAGAUCAUCAACAACUACUUCUCCAUUGGCGUGGACGCCUCCAUCGCCCACCGCUUCCACGUCAUGCGGGAGAAGUACCCCGAGAAGUUCAACAGCAGGAUGAAGAACAAACUCUGGUACUUUGAGUUCGCCACGUCCGAGACCAUCUUUGCCACCUGCAAGAAGCUGAAGGAGUGUCUGAGCAUCGAGUGCUGCGGGACCCCCCUGGAGCUGAGCAGCGCGCUGUCGGGGAUCGCCGUGCUCAACAUUCCCAGCAUGCACGGCGGCUCCAACCUCUGGGGUGAGACCAAGAAGCCGCUGGGCGAAGCGCGGCACCCGCCCAGCGCGGCACAGCCCCAGGCCGUCACCGACCCCGAGGCCCUCAAGACCUGUGUGCAAGACCUGAGCGACAAGCGGCUGGAGGUGGUAGGGCUGGAGGGCGCCUUGGAGAUGGGGCAGAUCUACACGGGUCUGAAGAGUGCCGGUGCCCGCCUGGCCAAGUGCUCCGAGAUCACGCUGAGGACGUUGAAGCCGCUGCCCAUGCAGAUCGACGGGGAGCCCUGGAUGCAGCCGCCCUGCACGAUCCGGAUCACGCACAAGAACCAGACGCCGAUGCUCAUGGCCCCCCCGCUGCGCUCCUCCAGCUUCUUCGGCCUUAAGAAGGGCCCUCCUGAGCCCUGAGGGGACCCCCCUUGCAGCUCGGCACCCUGGGGACCCCGCUUCCAUCUGCUACGUUGCCUGGGGGUCUCCUGCACUCGGGCCCAGCCCAGCUGCUCAUAUCAGCCUCGAGGGGGGACACCUGACACGUCUCCUGCCCACUGGGCCUCCCCUGCUUGCUGGAUCCACAAUCUCAUGGUGGCAUCAAUCCCGGGGCUGGGAAAGAGGGCAUCCUGGCCUGUGAUGCCCCUGGGUUUGGGGGUGUGGGGUGUGGGGCAGGGCCCCCCGAUCCCCCCCACCCGACCCAGCUCCCUGCCCCGGCUGCUGGCUCCCUGGGCCCCCCCCCCACCCCAGCAUCGCCCUAUUUAUUGCACCUCCCCCCGUCCUCCAAGUGCCUCAUUCAGUAAUAAAGGUUGCAUUGGUUUGGU